AAUAGCACACGGAUGGGAGAGCAAAUCAUCAUCAAAAACCGCAAGUAACUCGGUAUAAGUCGAACUUUUCGACCACCGGCAUUCUCCAUUUUUCUAUACAAAGUGAAGUUUGUGCGAUCCGCAGCCAUCUUGCGGAACUUCGGAGCGGUUACUUGUCAUCUGUCAUUGGUGUCAUAUGUCACAUUGACAUUGACGUUCCAGACCAAAACAAAGUUUAUUAGUGUCUCGUGCGUUGUUUUUCAAGUGUUUGUGCAUUAAUUAUCAGUGAAAAAUGUCUACCGAAACGGAAACUUUAAAAAAACUACGAGUAAAGAGGUCUCAGUGUAAGGGAACAAUCAAUAGAAUUGAGAAUUUUGUAAAAGACCCCGUAAGUUUAGCUGCCGCGAGCGCCGACAUUCUUGAGGCGCGCAAGGAAAAGUUAAUUUCAACACUCAAAGAUUAUGAGAAGGUCCAGAUGGACAUACUAGGCAUCGAUGAAGGAGACAGCGAACAGGGCCACAACACAUUGCUGCACCAGGAGCGCAAUGUAAGUGUGGACAAGCCCACAAUUGUUGAUGUCAGCGCGCACCCACCAUCACCAGAUGCUGGACACCACUGCGUGUUUAAUCCCUCGAGUCGCACCUCACACCAUCGUGUGGUCUUUGACGGGUCGAUGAGAUCUAGAAAUGGGACAUCGUUGAAUCAAGUCAUGCUGAAUGGGCCUGUUGUACAGAGUGAGCUUUUUGAUAUUCUUAUUUUGUUCAGGACUUAUCCAUAUAUUUUAACAUGUGACAUUCAAAAAAUGUUUCGCAAUGUUUUUAUAAAUGAACAUCAACGCGGACUUCAAAACAUUUUAUGGCGCGAUUCGCCUAAAGACCCUAUCAACUGCUUGCAGCUCCAGACUGUUACAUACGGCUUGAAAUCAAGCACAUUUUUAGCUACAAGAGUUCUCAAUGAACUAGCAAAUAUGCAUAAGGAUCAGUUCCCUUUGGCCGCACAGGCAAUUUAUAAAAAUACAUUUGUUGAUGAUGUGCUGACUGGUGCUGAUGAUGUAGAGACGCUUCAGGAGCUGAAAAAUCAAAUUGUAGAGCUUCUAAAAUUAGGUAGUUUCUCAUUACAUAAAUGGUGCUCGAACGAUUCUUCACUAAUAGCUGAUAUACCAGUUGAGCACAGACAAAUUGACAGUGUGGAGAUCGGUCAAAAUGACACUGUGAAGACUCUAGGUCUCACACUCCAAAUUAAUUCUGAUAAAUUGACUUUCUCUUGCCCUGCAAUUGAUGAAGCAACAAUGCUCAACACAAAAAGAAAAAUUCUCAGUUUUAUAGGGAAAAUGUUUGACCCACUUGGUUUAAUAGGCCCAGUAAUUGUGGUGGCCAAGUUAUUCAUGCAAGAACUCCAUAGCUCUUUGCCUAAAGAUUGGGACUCUACAAUCCCAAACGAACUGUUUCAGCACUGGUCUAAGUUUCUGAACAAUUUAAAACAAAUGGGUCAAAUUAAAAUAGAUAGAUGUGUAAAUUUUAACUUAGUAUCUCAUGUAGAGUUAAUAGGAUAUGCCGAUGCAUCCAUAAAAGCCUUCGGAGGCUGUCUCUACCUAAGAGUCUUUAUGACUGACGGCUCAACUCGCAUGAGACAGUCAGUGCACCUUCUGAAAAUGUAA